GCGGACAUUGUGAAAAAGCGGCAGACUGGAUCUCACACGAAUUCUACGGAAGCCAGCUCUCGAUCAUCGCAAUCCUCACCACGCACAAGCAUUGGGACCACCAAUGGGGGAAUGGCCAUUUCAGGCAGCGAUUCCCGGAUUUGGACGUAUACGCGACAGAACCAGCGACUAGGGGUUAUGCUUCCGGUAUUUGGUAACCUGAAUUUGAUCUUCACAAGGGUUCACUUAUAAAUAAUGGCUGAGGCCCCAACGUAGUUGGACCCCUCAAAGGUUAUUUCCUAUCUCCCAAAAAAUAUCAUAUUGUGAGACACCCCACCAAAUGUUUUUCCAACCCUCUUGCAACUGAAUGGUCUGCUCCUGCCUCUUCUAACUCUGCGUCAACAAGCCCUUGGUGAAGCAUGGGGACGUCCUUGCAAUUGGAG